AUGAGUUUCUCCAACCACUUCUCAAUCAAGAACAUCCCGUACGGGAUUGCGACCAGCAGCAGCCAUCCGGAAAAAGCGGUCGUCACACGAAUUCACGAUCAUGUGUUCUUCCUUAACGACCUGCCCAUCCAGGUCUCCGAAGAGAUCAAACAGGCAUUGGCGCAGACAACUUUGAAUGCUCUGGCAAGCAUCCCCAAGGACAAGCUGCGAGAGCUACGGUCAAGCCUGCAGAAGCUGCUCACCGAUGAGAAGACCGUAGCGAAGCACGGCGUGCCAGUGGAUCAGGUUCAAUUGCACUUGCCCAUCGAGGUGAGAGGCUUUACCGAUUUCUCUUGCUCCAAGCAGCACCUCUUGAAUGCAGGCGAAGCUUCGACAGGUCGGAGAAUACUGCCCCCUGCGUCGGUGCAUUACCCUAUCGGAUAUGGCGGGAGGGCUUGUUCAGUGAGGGUUUCAGGCACCCCAGUGGUCAGGCCAUACGGAGUAUAUCAGAAUGAGAGCGGCGAGGGCGUCACCUUUGGGCCAUCUCAGGGUGUAGACUUUGAGCUGGAAAUGGCGGCAAUAAUAGGCAAGCCGUCCAAGUUCGGGGAGAGGGUGGCCGUCAAGGAUGCCGAUGACCACAUCUUCGGCCUGGUCUUGCUGAAUGAUUGGAGUGCAAGGGAUGUUCAGAAGCUGGAGAUGAUGCCAUUGGGGCCCAAUAAUUCCAAGAGCUUCCACACAAGCAUUUCGCCAUGGGUCGUCACCCUCGAAGCACUGGAGCCGUUCGAAGCGCCACCACCGCCGAAGGAGACUGCUCCAGCUGCUUUUCUCAAGGAUCCUAAAGAGAAGUCGAGCUAUGACAUUUCCCUCGCCGUGGAUGUCAUUAGAAAGGGGGUAUCGACUACGGUAUGCAAGGCGCAGCUGAGCUGGAUGUACUGGACAUUCCGUGAUCUCGUGGCGCAGCAGACCAUCAAUGGGUGUAACGUCAACACUGGAGACCUGCUGGCGACGGGGACGGUGUCAGGCCUUGAGGAUCAUGAGCAUGGCUGUCUGUUGGAGACGACAAUGGGCGGCAAGAAGAGCGUCAAGCUCAGCGACGGCCAAGACUUGGUAUGGCUGCAGGAUGGCGACGAGGCCAGGCUGACGGGCUUUUGCGGCGAUGGUGUGGGCUUUGGGGAUGUCACUGGCGUUAUCACGCCUGCCACACCAUUCGAGGGUUGA